GGCUCGGCGCGGCGCAGAGCAGCGAGGCGGGAGGAGACGGACUCCGCAGGACCAGGCUCCGCUCCUGCUGGCCCGCCCGGCAGCGGUGAUUCCGGGCGCGCUGCAGCCGGGCAGCCCCUGGCAAAGAGCAGGUGGAUGCGAGCAUGACUCGGGUGAUUAAUAUUUCGGCAGCGCGCCAAGCCGUCCCCGCUCGCUGCACCAGAUCCUAGCAGCCUCCGAGCCAGCACCAGCCUCGCCGCUGCACCAAUGGUUCCCGGCCCUGCGGCUCUCUGCGCCUGGCACCUGGCCCUGCCUCGCUGAGCGUUACCAUGUGGCUUUGGUACCUAGCGCCUGGUCAACGCCUGGGACUGAGUUGCGGGAAAGUCUGGCUUCUGGUUCUCUUGCUGCUGGGUUGUGGCCUUGCCCGGGAAAGGGGGUCGAUCCUGAACUGUCCCCCAAAAUGUGUGUGUGCCAGCAACAUUAUCAGCUGCUCCAAGCUGGGCCUGGGAGUCAUCCCCACUAAGCUGCCUCGCUUCACAGCCAUCCUGGACCUCAGCCACAACAACCUGACCCGCCUGCGGGCAGACUGGACCCCCACCCGCCUCUCCCACCUCCACUCCCUGCUGCUCAACCACAACGCCCUGGGCUUCAUCUCCACCGAGGCCUUCUGCCACGUCCCGCACCUGCGGUACCUGGACCUCUCCUCCAACAGCAUCAAGGUGCUGGAGGAGUUGCUCUUCAGCCAGCUGCAGGAGCUGGAGGUGCUGUUGCUCUACAACAACCAGAUCACCCAGAUGGACCGCAGUGCUUUCGAUGACAUGGCCAGGCUGCAGAAACUCUACCUGAGCCAGAACCAGAUCUCCCGCUUCCCCAUGGAGCUGGUGAAGGACCGGGCCAAGCUGCCCAACCUGGCCCUGCUGGACCUUUCUGCCAACAAAAUCAAGGGCCUGCCGGUCACGGCCCUGAAAGGCCUCCCCGCCUGGAUGAAAAACGGCCUCUACCUCCACAGCAACCCGCUGAGCUGUGACUGUGGGCUGUAUGAGCUCUUCACGCACUGGCACGCACGCCAGCUCAGCUCGGUGGUGGACUUCCGAGAGGAGCUGGUGUGCAGCCUGCCCCUGGCCAAGCGCAGCGUCAGCGUCUUCACCCUCAACAGCCAGGACUCCCUCAACUGCAGCGAGUUCAAGGAGCACAUGCUGGAGGCCUACUUGGGGGACACAUUGACCAUCAACUGCGACACCAAGGUCCGGGGGGCGACCACCAGGGAAUGGGUGACCCCAAACAACAGGCGCUUCCCGGAGGAGACCGCCAACAGCACCAUAACAGUGCUGGGCAAUGGCAGCCUGCAGAUCCGCCUCGUCCGAGUGGAGGACAUGGGCACGUACACCUGCUACGCGGUCAGCCAGGCCUUCAAUGAGACCCUCUACGUGGAUGUGAUGGUCCACAACUUCACCCAGCAUGGACCUCACGACACGCUGAACACGGCCUACACCACGCUGGUGGGCUGCAUCCUCAGCGUCAUCCUGGUGCUCAUCUACCUGUACCUGACACCGUGCCACUGCUGCUGCCGCAGCAACGAGAAGCUGGCUGCCCAGCCGGAAGACAGCAUCAACUCCUCCAUGCUCAGCACCACGCCCAACCACAACCCCGAGGCGGCCGGUCGCAAGGGAAGCCUCAGCCACCUCGCAGCUUCCGGCCCCAUGCAAGACCAGAACGGCAAGGUCAAGCCCAACAACACGCCCGAGCAGGUGGCCAGGAGGGCCCAGAAGGCCCCCAGGAAAAUGUCAGACCCGGACUCUGUCAGCUCUGUAUUCUCGGACACGCCCAUCGUAGUGUAGGUGUACGGAAGACAUGGAGAGGUGGGAGUGUUGGAGAGUGAGUGGACGAGGACACGUAGUGACCCUCCCCUAGAGUACAGCUGGCCAUGGGGCCAGGGGCUGGGCCCAGCAGUGAGGUGAUGGGUCUCCAUACACAUGGCACAAUGCUGCUGCCAGGUGCUGCCUCCCGCUAUGCAGCACUGAUCCUGCUAUCGCCCCAAUGAACAUUGUCCUCCCAUCAGCAGAACCCAAGGGGCAAGCAGAGCCCGGCAGUCCACUCCCUGCAGCCACCCCCAGCCCUCGACGAGGAACUCCAGCCAGAGCUUUGCAGUGUCCCACCAAGAAAUAAAAUGUGCAGCGGGGAUACGGCGCCAGUGCCCUGCAGAGCUGGGGGUGGGGGCAGGAGGUUGCUGCUGAAAGACCCCAUGCUGCAAUGCCGGGGCAGUCCUUCCUUACUGCUCAAGGGACGUCCCAGGUCUGUUUCUGACUACCUUGGCAUGAAACCAUGCUCAUCUCUGAAGUGUCACAGCACCACAACCUUGGCCUGGAUCUGCCAUUUGAAGGUCACCUUCUGCUUUCAUAGCUUGGCCACUGGAAGCCUUGACACCUGUUGGGGACCAGUGUGUGGGAGCAAGGGGUCUCUCUCCUGCUACCAACCAGCCUCUUGCUAGACACCCCUAUUUGGAACUAAGGCAACUCAAAGAUUUUCAGCUCCAUCAGGAUGAAAGCAGGCAUUGAUCCUGCCCUGGGGCCUGUAAGAUGGCAUACCAGCUGCCCCUCCUGCAGUGGGAACUCAGGACACAGUGGGGCAUGAUCAACACCAGCUGGUCCCCCAGCGAGCUCUCUGGCUGACAGCCUAAUGAUCAGAUUCCCAUUCCUAAUUACAAUGAUACAUCAUGGCACAAGCUGGGUUUCUGGGACAGCUAUUCAGCAUUGCACAACAUCAGCAACCCCUUGGCGGGCUGUGCCAUGGCUGCCAGGGAGGCACUGCGCCUCUACCCCUUCUGUACGGCACUCGUGUGGGCUGUCCCAGCGAGCCGAGGGGCUGCGUGCUCCAGGGAUGUUAGGAAGGGGGGCUGGUAAUGGAGUCUGCUGAAGGCAGCAGGCAGAGCACAGGAGCCCGGCAGGGAAAGGAGACUGGGAACUGUGAUCAGACAUAGCAGCACUUCUGAGCAGACAUGGGGGGUGGGGCCCCCAAAAUAUGCUCCUGCUCCUUCUACAUCUCCCUUAAGCCUCCCCCACCCCCAUGAUCCUGGUGGCUUUUCUCUCUGCCCAGCUACAAAUUGAUUCCAUCCUAUAUUUCCUUUUCCCUACUCCUUUCACCUGGGAGAGUCUGGGCCCUUCCUAGGGAGUGGGGAGGCAAUAGGCACAGAGAAGGAGCGAGGACAGAAGAGCAGGCUGUCCCCUUGCAGUGGUCCCUUUGCCCGCCCCCAGAGGAGAGAGACAGAGAUGUGGUCUUGACAUGGACAUCCCAGCUCUGAGCCUGCUAGCAACAAACUCGCCCAGCACAGGCCAGCUGGAGGCAGGGUUUGGUCUAUGCACCAGGUGCAGCCAGAGGACUUUGUGCUAAGCAGGUGCCACCCACAGAGGAGAUAGCAUCCCCCCUUCCCUCACACAUGGGGAGUGAAAGGGUCAGGGGUCCCAGAAGGAGGGUGCUGCUGUACACGAGGGUAGGGGGAGCUAAUCAGAUGCCCCUGGCUGUCUGGUGUUACCUUGGGGGGAUCCCACCUAGCCUACAACUGGUUCUCAAGCCGUCCGUUCUCCUAGUGGCUCUCAGCUUCAGGGAGCAGGGGGUGAACAAAGGUGGGCAAGAGCAGCCCAGAAAGAUUGAGGUAGAGGGAAGCCCCCACUGAUCUCUCUGGCCAUGAAGAGCAUCAUCACCAAAGAAUGGCAAGCUCCAUGGUACAUCGCUGUGGACUCUCCCUGGAGCCCUAGAUCUCUCUAUCACUGCCCCAGCUGCCAUCGCCUUGGGGGCUGUCCGAGCCUGCGAGGGGCCUGAGGUGAUGGCUGACACAAGCAGGAGCACAAGGGGACAUCUCCUCCAUCCCACUCAUCAGCCUGAGAACGGGGCUCGGCUCUGGGACUCCUCUAAAUGCUUUUCCUGGCAUGUUAUUGUGAAGCAUGAGUCCUCCAAGAGAAGCAUGCGAUCCAGGCAGAAGGCUGGAAGAUUCACCCACUGGCCACACUACUACCUGCACAGAAAGAGGGGCAACCCCCGGCCUGUGCCUGCCACAUAGGGAACACUGACAGGAUCCUACUGGAAACAAGCAAAUGCAGCCCACCAAGAACCAUGGGAGAGCUCUCCUCCCCCACCCCUGCCACGUCCCAGGAGGUGUAGCUCCCAAAGACAGGACCGAGAUCACGGCCUCCAAGACUGGCCACCCUUGCACUUGCUAAUCAAUGGGCAGAUCCUAGAUGGUGUUGAGCACCCUCAACUCCAUCACUCAGCACCACGAAGGAUGAGGCCCCUUAUCUGGAUGCCUCUCUCUGCUAGUGCCCAACAGCUGAUGCUAGAGAGGCAGGACAUCCCCUCCCCAUGUCCAGGAGUCCACCCUGUGAGGGUAUUGAUGGAGGGGCACAGCCCCCCCCCCCCCAAGCAUCCUCACAGCUCUGCCUUGAUACAGCGCUGAUACAAGGAACAGGGGUUUGGGGGCAGCCAGGAGCGGAGUGGUGAUGCUGGGUCACUGCUCAGAGGAAGGAAACGAGCGGGAAACCCACAGGGCAGGGCUGGGGCCCCAGCAUGCUGAACAGAGAGCAUGUACGCUAAAGUGGUUCUGGCAGUGGCCAGGAGCCCCCAGGAUGGUUAAGGGAGAGCAGAGAGGGGGCAGGAGGAGCUCUGGUUCCACGGGAGGGUGUGUGCAGGUGUGCGUGCGGGUGUGUGCGUGUGCAGAGGGAGGUGUCCCAGUUAACUGCUGUGUCUGGGGAACCUCCAGGCUAGGUCAGAGGUGGCUGCUCUGCUCCCACCAGGAUGGGGCCAGACAGUUCCAGGCAGAGCCUGUCCACUCCUGUGCCACUCUGUGGGCUUGCAGGCCCCGUGAAUGUUAUUCUGCCCCGCACGGGAUGCGCAUUCUGUUCUCCAUUUCAGCCAGAGCCACCUGGCCCGCAGAGCACACGGGCUGCAGCUCUCUCUGGUAGGCUGUGCUCUGACGCAUAGACAUAGGCGAAAAUAAACAUGUUUUAAGGUUC